AUGACCGAAGAAAAUAUUCCACCACUUUUAAACACAAAUACUCCCAAAAAAUCUCGUGCUCGUGCUUCAAUUGGGACGGCAAUAAAACGUCCUUUAAUAUUAUCUACAAGAAAAAAUCCAGAAAGUAUUGAAAAAAAACGUAGAGUGAUUGAAGCUACCUCAAAAAACAUUCGAAAAGCUCUCAAAGAUGAGACUAAUAUAUUGCCAGAUAAUCGUAUCUCUGUUGGAAAUUUGGGCCCCAUUACUCGAUCAAAAACAACACCACCAUCAACCAAUAUAAAAGCAAUUCCACAAGAAACACCGUCUCAAGUGUUACGACAACUAUCCAGAGUACUGGCAAAAAAAAAAUCAAGUCAACAAACCCCCAAGAAACGUCGUAAUAAUACUCCAAUUAAAAUAAGAACGCCCAAUAUUGUACGAUUAACACCUAGUUCUGCUCGAAGAUCAGCAAAGAAAAAACCAAUCAAUAAAAAUGAAUCAAAUACAAAGAAGACUCAAAAUUUAUUGAGAAUAUUGUCACGAGCUCCAGGAUUUGUACGAGAACAUGAAAUUGAAGAGAAACAAAUACUUUUUGAAGAACGCCAAACCAAGAAUGUAGAUGUGAACAAUGACGCGCCCGAAUCCCAACCGGUAAAUGAAUUAACCGAAGGACGAUCACCGAAAGAAACAUCGCAACGGAAAACGAAUGAAGAAAAAGAAAUAGAAGUUGACACUGAAGUACAACGUCAUAACAAUCUAAUUUUAAAUGAUGAUGAUUUUUCAAAAGUACUUGACGAUCAAAUAAACGAAACUAUUGAAUUUACUGGAGAAAUUGUUAUUACUCCUCAAAAUAUCGAAGAUACCAAUGAAGAAUUUAAUAAUGUCAUUCCUAGUCAAUUUUCAAAGUAUAUAAUUCCAACUCCUCAAAAUAUCAAAGAUAUCAAUGAGGAAUUUAAUAAUUCCACUCCUAGUCCACUUUCAAAAGACAAAAUAAAUGAAUUCGUUGUAGAUAAUUAUAAUCAAAACAUUGUUGAUGAACAAGGUUCUCCUAUGAUAAUUGUUAAACCUUCAUUACCUCAGAUGGAUGCGGAAAUUGAUGAUUUUUGGAUGGGACAGAAUUCUUCAUUACCUCAAAUUGAUGAAGAAAUUGAUGAUUUUUGGAUGAGACGGAAUUCCAACAACAUAUAUGGUGAAGAAAAUGAAGAGGAAAGUGAAGAAGAAAGUGAAGAAAAUUGGGAAGAAAGUGAAAAAGAAAAUGAAGAAGAAAAUGGGAAAAAAAUUGAAGAAAAUAGGGAAGAAAGUGGGGAUGAAAUUAGGGAAGAAAGUGAGGAUGAAAUAAUUGGGAAAGAAAAUGAAGAAGAAAAUAGGGAAGAAAGUGAGGAUGAAAUUGAGGAAGAAAAUGAAGAAAGUGAGGAUGAAAAUGAAGAUGCUGUAAAAAAAGUUAAUAAUUCUCCAGAAAAAGGUCCAGAAAGUUCCGAACCAAGCACAUCUUUACCAAAAGGUCCACCACGUCUCCCGGAUAAUUUGAUCAAAAAUAUAUUUGGAAAUUUCACGAAAAGAAAAAUAACUUCAGAAGCUAUGCAAGCUGUCCUUGAAGGUACACAAAUUUUUUUCGAGCAAAUUGCUGAUGAUUUGGCAAUAUAUGCAACAAAUGGAAAAAGGGAAAUGAUUAAAGAGAAAGAUGGAUUAAUUACUGAUAAAGUGACUUUUGAGUCUUUGGCAGAGCGACAUUUGCCACGUGAGCUAUCUGAAGAAGUUUGUCAAGUGGCUAAAGCGGGAAAUUUAUUAUUUCCACCAAGAAAGACGAAAAAAAAAGACAUCAAAUAG